AUGUCCCUUCUGGACUUCUGGGACACAUCGCGCCCUCAAGUGAAGCGCAGGAAGACUACCCCGAACGAGGGUCAAGAAAGUCCCAGAACAGUCGCACUUCGGAAAGAGAAUUCCAGCAUCAACGAAAUUGAAAUCGAUAGCUCUGAUAGUCCGUUAGAUACAUGGGAUGCCCUGCCCUCGGCUCAAGUCGCCGGCGAUUUCGCGCUCGAGGACGAGAACCCAAUCCCAAACAGCCAGACAGAACUAGAGUCUUCGCUACCAGAUAUUCCAACAGAUAAACAAGCUAUCGAAGAGUAUGAGAUUUCGCAUUCAGUAGAACAGGAUGACGAGCCUGAUCUGCGCCAGAGGCUUCAAGACGGCAAAUGGCGGAAGGGAAAGAGCUCAAUCUAUGUGGAUGCGUUCAAUCUGGCACUGGAAACUGUGCUGGACGAAGAAGCCCAUCUUUUCAAUGAGGCGGAAUUAGAGAUUUUCAAACAAUGGAAGGAGCUGUCGUAUGAGUCCCAAUACUUAUAUGUACGGCUCUUCCUUCGUAAGACCUCGGCUUGGCAUCGCAUCAAUCGCCUGGGUUAUUACUCCGACAUUAGCGACAUGUCCCAGGCGGUGGCUGAUCUUCGGUCUAGCCGUAAACUGCCUGUCCCUCUAGUAUCUUCGUAUGAUAACUCUGAAGAUAUGAGUUCCGGCAGUGGUGCGGACCUCGCUCAUUUCAGGUUCGCCGAUGACACUGAUGAGAUAACGACUUUGGAGGAAGCAUCCUCUCUGCUACUUCUUGAAGAACUCAAAGUCCUCGCAAAGGACGCAAAGGUUCAAGGAAAGAGUAAGAAGGAGCUGCUUGAAGCCUUUCGCGCGUCCAGCCAGAGACAAACAGGUCUCAACUGGAACGACAAAGAGCAAGACUCAGCCCCUGCUCCCAAUCGAGAUGACCAUUAUAUUCAGAAAAUCCUUGAGUAUACCGGCGACUGCAUCAGACUUGCGCCGGGGCCUUAUGCUCUCUUCGAGAGAGUCCAUCUUGUCUUUUACAGGUCCACAGAGUGGACGGAGAAAUCCCUCACCACUAUAAUUCUUGCGAAGAUCUCCCGCAGGAAUUUUCCCGAGUAUGUUGUAUGCCGCUCUAGCUCGAUCUUUCCGUCCAGAGAAUUUCUGCUAGAAUUCGAAUCAGCACUUCGGAAACAGCAUCAAAUAGACAAUCUUCUAGAGUUCAACGGUACACCCACUCAGGAAAGGCUGGAGCAUGUGAAACGCGUUUGUACAGACGUCUAUCCCCGAUGGAAAAUUCUACUCGAACAGGAACAGCGCAAGGAAGACACGAUCUACGAAGCGGGUGAAGGUGCCUACUUACGUCGCUUUUCUCCAGCCUGGGUCUAUACCAGGAUCAUUCAUAAAGGCCUUCAUCCGCUUGGGCGCUUCAAAGAACACAGACGGGAACACGAAAUCCUGUGUGAAUUGCUAGGCCAGCGCUUGUUCCACGCUGCCCGACGUGGCGCAUGGUAUCAGCGAAAAGCACUGUUGGAGGAACACUAUAUGUGGGCUCUUACACCUUCUGAUGGACGGUGCGAGGACCUCCAGAAGAAACACUGGAAACGAAUUGCUCUGCGGACAUGCGAAGAAGGGCUGGAAGACCCGGACUGCCAUCUCAUAUACCACUAUGAUCUUCAAAAGCGGAUCACAAAGCUGGAAAGGGCUUUGAAAAUAGUCAAGCGUGAGCAACACGACUUUGGCCAUGUCAUGUUGGCCAAACCAGAAGUACGGACGAUUGAGGGUAUACGAAUCGAAAGAGAGGACUCACCAGCUCGCGCUUCAGGAAAAAGCGAGGAAGCCUCGACCAGGCGAGGACGCCCAACUGUCUGGAUUGACGAGAGAGAAGGCGGAAGCGAAUGCAGAGUCGAAAACAUGUGUUUGAGCUGGUAUAGGGAUCAUGGCUGGAAGGGCUACCAUGCUGAAGGAGGGAUCGUCAGAACCUUGUUCGGCUACCUCUUCUACGACAUCCUAUUCACCUACGUCCCUAAUGUCUUCCAGACACCCUUUCAAACCUGUCCGCUAGAUCUCCACACUGAUGCAUUCUACCCCUCUCGCGCAUCAGAGAUCAAUCACCGUCUGGUAGAAAUAACGAACGGCGCUGCGGAGAGAAUCAUCCGCGAUGUCCAUGAGCGCGAAUCAGCGAAGCAGACCUGCGCCAUCGGCAUAGACUGGUCCUUUGAGCUGGACGACUUGGUUGAGAUUGUGCAGUGCUUUCGAGGCGAAGCUCUCGCCACUAUCUGCAAGGUUAUGGCCCAGGAGUAUCAGCAGCGCGGUGGAGGAAUACCUGAUCUCUUUCUGUGGAGUGUGGAGAAGAAAGAAGUCAUGUUUGCGGAGGUCAAGUCUGAAAAUGAUCGUUUGAGUGAUACCCAGAGGUUGUGGAUUCAUGUGCUUACUGGAGCGGGCGUGAGAGUCGAGCUUUGCAACGCGGUUGCGAAGGAGGUUAGACGAGCGAGUUGA